CUGGAAAUGGCUUUUGGACAAUUGAUUUUUGUGCCAUGCUUUCCUCUCAACUUCAAGAGGAUCAACUGCAUCUGGAUGAGAUUGAAGGCGAUCCAGCAAUUUAUGAAGAUACUUAUGUUGGUCUUAAGAAGUUCAUUGAAACUGCUUUGGAUACAUACAGACAUGAACUUUCAAUGAUAUUGUAUCCUGUAUUUGUACACAUGUACUUGGAGCUUGUGUACAAUCAGCAUGAAGCUAAAGCCAAAUAUUUUAUGGAUAAGUUUGGACCAGAACAAGAAGAAUAUUAUUUGGAUGAUGUUAAAAAAUUGUCAUGUUUGACCAAAAAAGAUCACAUGAAAGGAAAUGAAUUUAUGGACAAUUUUAGGUCAGGUCAGUUUACGGUUAGAUUGUCAAGAGAUACAUACAAUUUCCUAAAACGACACUUGCAGGACAAGAAAAAUAAUGUUUUACAAAAUAUUAUUCAAGAGCAUCUUUAUCUUGAUGUAUAUGAGGGCAUUUCAAGAACUAAGCAACAAAUAGAUAGUACUGCUGGUGCAUUGGUUGGGGAAGCUGCAAGACAAGCAAAUAAAGGAAAAGUUUAUUAUGGGCUACUGAAAGAACCUGAAAUACAGAUCCCUGUUGAUGAAGAAGAUGAACCACAAGAAGGAGAUGACAAACCUAAAAAAAAGAAACCAAAGAAAGAUCCUCUGUUAUCAAAAAAAUCUCGUAAUGAUCCUAAUGCACCACCAGGGAACAGAGUUCCUCUCCCAGAGUUGAGAGAUGCUGACAAAUUAGACAAAGUUAAUGCCAUGCGAGAAGCCCUUAAAAGAGUUCGCCUUGGACCUAACAGUUUACCAUCAAUAUGCUUUUAUACAUUUUUAAAUUCUCAUCAGGGUGUAACUUGUGCUGAAAUUUGUGAGGAUUCUAGUCUUCUAAGUGCCGGUGCUUCCGAUUCUGUAGUAAGGAUCUGGAGCCUAAAUACAAAUAAACUUAAAGCUAUGAAACCAGCUUCAGAGCUUGAACAAGUUGAUAAAGAAGCUGAUGAUGUAUUGUAUAGGAUGAUGGAUGAAAGGAAUGCAAUCGAUAUGAGAACUCUUAUAGGACACAGCGGUCCUGUAUAUUCUACAAGUUUCAGUCCAGACAAAAAUUUACUGCUGUCAUGUUCGGAAGACUCUACUGUUCGUUUAUGGAGUCUGCAGACUUGGACCAAUGUUGUUUGUUAUAAAGGUCAUUGUUUUCCUGUUUGGGAUGUCAAAUUUAGUCCAUUUGGGUAUUAUUUUGCAUCUUGUGGACAUGAUAGAACUGCUCGACUCUGGGCAACAGAUUAUCAUCAGCCUGUUAGAAUAUUUUCUGGGCAUGUAUCUGAUGUAGAUUGCAUUCAGUUUCAUCCAAAUUCAAAUUAUAUUGCUACUGGUUCAAGUGAUCGUACAGUUAGGCUUUGGGAUGUUGCCAGUGGGAACUGUGUUCGGUUUAUGACGGGUCAUAAAGGAACUGUAUAUAAUCUGGCAUUUUCAACUUGUGGUCGUUUUCUUGCUUCAGCUGGUUCAGAUAAAAAAAUUCUAAUAUGGGAUAUUGCUUAUGGCCAUUUAUUAGCUGAAUUAAACAGUCAUACUGAUACAAUAUAUUCUCUGUGUUUUAGCAGAGAAGGAACUGUCUUAGCAUCUGGUGGUUUGGAUAACUGUAUAAAAUUGUGGGAUGUAACCAAGUUACUAGAGGAAAUUGAUCUAGAAGACUUAAAUAUUUCACAUGCCCCUAAUGUAAAGGUCAAUACAGAUGCUUAUCUCUUGGGAUCCUUCCCUACAAAAUCUACGCCAGUGUUAUCUCUUCAUUUUACACGGAGAAAUCUCUUACUAGCUGCUGGAAUGUAUCAUGGAUGACCUCAAGCAGCCAAAAUGUAUAUAUUGUAAAUAAAUACGUAUUUUUUGAAAGCUU